UUUAUAAAUUGGAUAGUUGCGGGGUCGGGUUGUUUCACCUUGAGCUUGCAGAGGACUGACGCCCUGGUAGCGGGUAUAACGUCGUCACCACGGAAACCUAUCUUCAAUUUAUCCGUUUAUAAAAAGCCUUUUCGCCAUGAGUAAAGACGUUGAGAUGAAGGAAGUGGAGCUCAACGAGUUGGAAGAGAAACAACCGAUGACCGGAGAUGGUUCAGCCGAGAAAAACGGUUCCGUUAAAGUGAAGGUCCCAGAGUCCUCAGAAGUGAAAUUCACCGGUCUGUCAAAAGAUGAACUUAUGCGAGUAGCAGGUACUGCAGGAUGGAUUCGAACUCGCUGGCUCUUGCUGGUUCUGUUCUGGCUCGGCUGGUUGGGCAUGUUGGCCGGGGCUAUCGUGAUCAUUAUCCAGGCCCCACGUUGCAAGCCUCUGCCCGAGAUGAACUGGUGGAAUGAGGGCCCUCUGUACCAGAUUAGAGAUGUAGAAGCCUUCGCAGGAGACAAGGGCCUGGCAGGCGUGGAGGAGAAGCUGGACAGCCUGAAUCAGUUGAAGGUCAAGGGCUUAAUCUUGGGUCCUUUCCACACCGUUCAGGUCAACGAGCCAGCUACACUGGACCUGAACACCAUUGACCCUAGCAUUGGCACCCUGGAGCAGCUGGAGAGUCUCUUGGAUCGCGCUCACAAGAAGGGUAUAUCCAUCAUUUUGGAUCUGACCCCUAACUAUGAAAGCAGCCUCAAUGAGUGGUUCAGUGGAUUUACCGAAGUGGCUGACAAACUCAAGGCCGCUGCGGAAUACUGGACAGGCAAAGGCCUGGAUGGCAUCCUGCUGCAUUCACUGGAUCGUGUGCACCCUGCUAACCCUGCCCAGUGGGAACCCCUGCAAGCUGCUUUUCAGGUGGAGAUGACAGAAGGGGCCAGGAAAAGAGCUCUGAUCGGUGUCGCCGACAGACUCCCGAUCGCCGAGACGGAAGAGCUGCUGAACACCACGGGCAUUCACCUGCUGCUGCCCUCGCUGGACCCCAGCGCCAGCGGCCAAUCCUGGGCCUCCGACAUCCAGUCGCUGUACUCCGGCAACCCCCAGACCAGCCUGGGCUGGUCCCUGAGCAGGGCCAACGUGGGCCACCUGGCCACCGCCGUCACGCCCAAGCAGCUGCGGCUGUACGAGAUCAUGCUGUUCACCCUGCCCGGCACGCCCGUCUUCAACUACGGCGACGAGAUCGGCCUGGAGGACCAGGGUUCCAUUGUUCCUAAUAUGGUGUGGGACUAUGAGGAGCCUGCGGAUGAAAACAACGCCACAGCAAAGGAAUUGAAAGCGGAGCUGAACUCUCGACGGGACUUGUUCAGGCAGCUGAGCGACCUGCGUGGCAAAGAGCGCUCUCUGGCCCACGGCGACUACGUGGCCCUGCACAACGGCACCUCGUCCCUGGCGUACGUGCGCCUCUGGGACCAGAGCGAGCGCUUCCUGACCGCGCUCAACUGGGGCUCCGCUGCCGUCACGCUCAAGCUGAGCCACGAGGACCUGCCCGCGCAAGCCCAGGUCCGCGUCACCACCGAGCCGGACCAGCACGCCCAGGAAGCCAUGGUGGAGCUGGACGGUCUGGAGCUUGGGCCAGGAGAGGCCCUACUGCUGUCCUAUCCCUUCUUAGGAUAGGGUACAGGAGAAAAACACACAUAGGCAAACACACAUAGAUGCAGGCUAGACAUGUGUGAAAGGCAUACAGGACUAGAAGAUUCUGGAAAAGUUAAAGAUAUCUACUGGUGGGAUCUUUUAUAAAUACAAGAGUGAGCAUCUACUGAAAAUUGUAGCCAUAUUUGUACUGGGCCUUUUAAAUGUCUGAAAUGUUUCCUGAGCGAAUGACAAAAAGAGCAUUUAUUGAAAGAGUUACAAAAGGUUAUAUUUUAAUAUCAAAAUGUAGUAAGUUUAACUACCGCUUUAAAAAAGUUUCAGCGAUUGAAGGGGAAAAUGUAGCGAUAUUAAUUUGCCAACUUUUUUACUGCCCUUGUACUUUCAACUUUACCUUGGUACAAAGUUAGCAGGAGAAAGGCCUGUGUCACCCAGUUAAACCAGAGGAAAUAAAAAAAACUCACUGGCACAAAUGA